AUGUCGACCCUCAGAGAAGCCCCCACCGGAGUCUUCGAACUUCAGCGGAGCAGUUCUUUUCGAGGACUACAGCCCGCAACGCAUAAAUACGCGUCGGAGGAUGGUGAUGAGAGGACAACGCCCGGCGAUAUGCCUCAGGGAGCGAGUGACUAUGAAGACGAGGAGGAGGAAGUGGAUGAGUCUGUUCGGGAAGACAUGACCAAGCUGGAAGACACCUUUCCUGGCAUCUCGGACCGAUUCCGACUAGUCAAUCGAAUUGGAGAAGGGACCUUUUCGACGGUUUACAAAGCCGAAGACUUACUUUACGACCACUAUCAUAACGACUGGGACAUCUUCGGGCAAGCGCAAGAACAAGAAGCCUUCGCCGGUCCUCCCUCCAAACGACGUCGAGUUGAAGGAGAGCAUGCCAGACACAAGAAAGCCCGAUAUGUGGCGCUGAAAAAGAUCUACGUGACCAGCAGUCCAAUUCGAAUUCAAAACGAACUGGAGCUCCUCCACGAUCUCCGAGGCUGUCGAUCUGUGUGCCCUCUAAUCACGGCAUUCCGAUUCCAGGAUCAAGUCGUGGCUGUGUUACCUUAUUUCCCACACACCGACUUUCGUAUCCAAUAUCGUACAUUCAUGGUGGCAGAUAUGCGCCAUUAUCUACGGUCCCUCCUGACUGCAUUACACUCGGUUCAUGAACAUGACAUUCUCCAUCGCGAUAUCAAACCAACUAACUUCCUCUACAACCCGGAUCUAAAAGAAGGUGUGCUAGUUGACUUCGGGCUUGCAGAGCGCCAAGGUUCCGAAUACACUGGUGCAUGCCUCUGCACUCACCAAUCAUAUGUUCGCCGAAGUCGUAUACUUUCCAGCUACUAUUCAAAGAACCCACCCGCCGGUGGAUUGUCGACUGGAUAUCCCAAAAAUGACUCUCGGUCAUCGAGGCGAGCGAAUCGGGCUGGGACUCGAGGCUUCCGCGCGCCAGAGGUACUAUUCAAAUGCACCUCCCAGACAACGAAGAUUGACAUGUGGUCCGUCGGUGUGAUUCUUUUAACCUUAUUGGGCCGUCGAUUUCCCUUCUUCAAUUCUGCAGAUGACAUCGAUGCCAUGAUUGAGAUGUCCAGUAUUUUUGGCACCCGGCGAAUGAAGACUGCAGCGGCCAUGCACGGACAGAUCUUUGAAACCAACGUGCCUACCAUCGGUGAAAAGGGCUACAGCUGGGAGAAACUGGUAAAAUGGUCAAGCUGUGUGGAGGAUUUGACUGAAAGUGAACAGCAAGCAACACGUCUCCUUGCGGGCUUGAUGGAGUUGGAUCCAACAAAACGGCUCAGUGCUGAGGAAGCUUUACAACACGAUUUUUUUACCAACCCAGUUCACCAUGACGUGGAGUGGGGAGGCAACCCCGAGGAGAGUGGGGAGUCAGCCGAAGAUGAUGAGGCAGGAGAAGACGAAGCCGACGAAGUGGCAAUGCUAUGA